AUGUCUGGAUGUUUGGAUCAGAUUCGGUGCGAUUGCAAUUUUGAUUUGGAGGGAAGAAGGUGAGGAUUUUUGAAAAAAUUAAGAAUCUGAAAAUUUCAGCUGGAAACUCUAGUUCUAGGCUCUAGUUUCUAACUCAAAUUUUCAUCCAAAAAUUUUUUUUAUUUCUGAUUUUAAACCUGGAAAAUCUGAUUGUUUUAAGCUGAAAGUUGGGUUUUAAGCUGCAAUUUUAGGCAAAAAUUUCCACGAAUUUCAGAAUCUAGAAAAUUGAACCUACUGGCUAACAACUAGACUUGAUCUAGGUUUUUAAGUUAAAAAUGAUGGUUUUGAACUUGGAAAAUUCGUUUCACAAGUUGUAAGAUGAAAAAUUAAUUGAAAAUAGAAAAUUUUGAUCUGAAAAUUGAAUAUAGACACGUUUUUAUAUAAGCAACAAGUAGAAUUAACUCUGGGUUUAAUGAAAGAAUUAUGAAACAGCAAAAUUUUUCAAAACAUUUUUUUUGGUUCAAAAUUUUAUGAGUGCUCUGAAUUUUCGUAUUCACUUUUUUUCUAAUAAAUUUCCUCUGAAUUUUGAUCCACAAAAAAUUAUCUAGAAAUUUGGCUGAAAAUCAGAGUCUGGAAAUUCAAAGCUCUAAUUUUUAUCUGAGUUAAAUCUAGCCCCAGAACUAAUUUGUAGUCUAAAAAAUUCCAUAUUUUUUCCAGAAACGCUGUUGCCUCAGUCGCUGCUUCUUUCUUGUUUUUUGCUGGAUGGUGGUUGAUGAUUGACACUGCGGCGGUUUAUGAUAAGGUUAGUUUAUUCUUUAUUGAAAAUAAGAAAAGGAAAGAAUUGGUUCAAAAAAUCCCAUGAAAAAUGAAGAUGUGGUUUUGAAACAGUGAAAAAUUGGAUGAAAAAUCAAGAAUUAUAUGGGAAAACUUGUUUAUUUUUUGAAAAAAUUAAUUCACUGUUUCAAGAAUUUUUUGCUAGAUUAGUGCUUCAAUCCGAAUCUGAUUUUAAAUUUUCAAGGUUCAGUUUUCAGUUAAUUACAGCUUCCAUUCAAAAAUAAUUUUGUAAUAAAAUAAAUUCACUGUUUCAAAAUUUUGAUGAAUGAAAACUUGUUUUUUUAGAGGAAAAUAAUCAUUGAAGUUAUUCGCCACGUCAUAACUUAAUUCGAAUUUUUCAAAAAAAAAUUGAAACUCUUCAAUUCUGAACUAAAAAUGGUUUUUAAAAAGUUCACUGUUUCAAAAUGUCCAUAAAUAAAAAUAUUUGUUUCGUAGAAUAUAAAUUUUGUGCCACGUUUCAAAAAUCUGAAACCGAAAUUUUUCAUUGAAAAAAUUCACUGUUUCAGGGUUUUUAUAUAUUUUACAAUAUGAAUAGUUUUGAUUUAGUAUUCGAAAAUACUUACAUAAUCAUAUUUACAUAAAAAAAAGAAAAUUACAAUUAAAAAUUGUUUGAAACAGUUGAUUUUUCACAUUCUAACCAUAUUUUAUUUCCCCAAAAAUAUUGAACUGAUCAAAAUAACGCAUACGGUGUCAAUGCAACACAAUAUCCAUUAUCACACGGAUUAUCACACGAAAAAAAGUCGAAAAGUCCAUUUUUGGCAUCAUUUGCUGUAUUUAAAUACACUCCAACACAUUGAUAAUUAAUCGAAUAUCUUGGAGAAGAAACCCAUUGAUAAUAUAAAUGCAUUGGAUUUCCAGUAUCAAUAAAAUUGAAUCCUUUUGGAUAUUUACACGCUGCUGUUUUCAUUUUUGCAACUGUAUUACAGGCGGGUUUUCGAAUUGCAUCGGUUAGGAUUUUGCCUUUUUUCAAUUUCAUUUGGGUUAACAUUAGACGACCGUAGGUAACUAAAAUACCGAGAUUAAUGGGAGAACUUAGCGGAAGUUUGUUAUAGGAAUGAUAGUAUUUUACAUAGGAAUAAUUGUAAUUCAUUGAGAAGAGAAACUGCAAAAUUUUUGGGAUUCAAUCAAAUUCUCUUGUAAGCUUACCCCGAAGCACACAAUUUUCUUGCCACGAAGACUCCACAUUUGUCCUUUUGAUUUGUCGCAUGGUUUUUUGGCUGGAAAUUUUGAUCGCAAAAAUUCACUGUUUCAAAUUGAUGAUUUUAGGUUCGAGCAGAAUUGAUUUAUGUUCUUCUUCCAAAAAAAUACGGUUUUUCAAAAAAAAAAUCCAGUUUCUAAAUUUUCUAAAAUUUUAGAUUUUUUCAAAGUUCACUGCUUUGAUGAACAUGAUUUUAUCCGACAAUUUUCAAUUGUAAAAAUUCACUGUUUCAAAUUUUUCAUUGAGAUUUUUUGGUUCGAGUAGAAUUGAUUUAUUCUUUCCUUUUUCCAAAAAAAAAAAAAUGAAAAAUAGGGUUUUUCAAAAAAAAAUCCACUGUUUCUAAAUUUUCUAAAAUUCUAGAUUUUUUCAAAGUUCACUGAUUUGAGUAGUUUUAUCGGCCAUUUUCCAAAUUUCUAAUUUUUCCCGCCAAACAUACGUUCAAUAAGCCAUUUUUGCUCUUUGUUAACCCACGUAAUUUUAUGAUUCGUCGAAUACGCCACUUUAUUAUUAAAAGUUGGUGGAUUUGUUCCAGUCGGACAUGUUUUUUGAUUAUUUGCCACCCGAAAUCCAACUUUAUUUCCUUUCGAUUUAUUCGAUUUAUAAACUACGCUUAUGGGGUGAGUCAUAAAAAUAAAUCGACAAAAAAAGUGCUAUUAAUUUCACGUUUUUUGUCAAUUAAUCGCAUUCAUUUCUGAAAAAAUGCGAUUAAUUGACAAAAAACGUGGAAUUAAUCGCACUUUUUUUGUCAAUUUAUUUUUAUGACUCACCCCAUUAUAAAUUGAUUCGAUGUUAAUUGGCACGAUUUUGUGGAUUUUUCGAAAAAUCCCAAUUCAUAACUCGAAUUCGCCCACAAUUUAUCCCAACACAAAUUUUCGUUUUUGAUAUUUUUCUGCGUGAAAAGCCACAUGGCAUCGGAUUUUGGAGUUGCGUAGAUUAUUAUCAUAAAGCUAGAGGAUUUUGGGAGAAUUGAAAUUAGGAGAAGAAGAAGAAACAUUUCUGUCUGAAGAAUUUUUAAAAGAAAAAUUUGAGCAUAAAAUGUUUGAUUUAUGCAUUUUUAGUUUUUCCGAACUGUUGGACUUUUUUGGGGGAAAUAAAUCAUCGAAAAGUUUUUUUGGAAAAACUGUGCCACGUAGCGCCGAAAUUUAUUCGAAUCUAUUUCACAAAAAUCUUCUAGGAAAUUUGAAACAGUAAAAUUUCCAAAAACGGCAAUUUUAAGUUUAAUCAAAUCUGCUGCUCAAAAUUUUAUCAUCAAAAAUCUUUGAAACAGUGAAUUUUUCAUUUUUUUUUUGGAAAAACUGUGCCACGUGGCGCCGAAAAUUAUUCGAAUCUAUUUCAUCAGUUCACAAAAAUCUUCUGGGAAUUUUCAAAAACUGCAAUUUUGAUUGGGUAAUCAAAUCUGCUGCUCAAAAUUUUAUCAUCAAAAAUUUUUGAAACAGUGAAUUUUUCAAGAAUAAAUUUUCCAAUUUUUCACUGUUUUUAAUGAAAAAAUUUACGAUUGAAAAUUUGAUAAAAAAUUUAUGACUGAACCUGAUUCUUUAGGAAAUGAAAAAUUCACUGUUUCAAAAAUUUCUUAAUUUUUUUUGAAUAAAAAUCGAUUUGUUGAUUAUUUCCCUAGUUUCUCUUGUCUUGUGAAAAUAUAUUUCCAAAAUUCGUUUAUGAAAACUUCACUGUUUCAACAAUUCCGAAUUUUCUAAUUAUAAAAAUUAUUAAUUGAUUACACACUAUACUCCCAAAUUUUCCGAAUAUCAAUUAGUUCCCCGAUAUUUCAGGCCGAUUGGACAAAUGUCUAUUUCAUCAUAACAAUUGCAAGUACAAUUGCAAUGUUUAUGGUAAAUGCGAUCUCAAACAGCCAAGUUCGUGGCGAAUCUCUUCACGAAGGUCUUUUGGGAACAAAAGGAUCGCGUUUGUGGUUGAUGGCUGCAUUCGUUUUAUCAUUCUCUUCAUUGGUCGCUGCCACGUGGAUUUUGUUCUCGGAUUAUGUUUUGAGACAAGGAGAUCAUGAUGUUUGGCCGGGUAAGCGGUUUUUGAGGGGGGAAAAUUUACUGUUUCAAAUUUUUCAUGAGCCUGAUGAAAUAGGGCUCUGUUUUGAUUGUAAAAUUGAUUCCAUUAGAAUUAAUUUAGUGAUUCAAAAAUAUAAAAUCAACUUGGAUUUGAAAAUUUUUUUGAGAAAUAUUUACUGUUUCAAAAUCUCAUUUGAUUUUAUAUUUUCAUUCAAUUUCAACCAAAAUUGUCUUUUUUUCAACUGUCUCAAAAAAAAUUAAAAUCAGGAAAACUAGACAGAUUUCAAUUUAAUUCUGCUAAUUCCAAAAAAAAACUCACUGUUUCAACAGUUUGAGAAUUGAAUUUUGAUGAAAUGAAAAUUGCCUCAAUAGAUAAUUCUCUCUCCAUGAAUAAUAUAAUUAAUUUUCACUAUUGUUUUCGAAGAUUCAUAAAGUUUAACUGUUUCAAAAUAGAAACUAUGUAGAGAUAUAUUUUUGAUGCAAUCUUCUAGAAAUUCACUGUUUCAAAAUUGUGAUGAAUUAAAACUUGAGUUGAAAUUUACAAUGUGGCUCCUUCACAUAUUUUCACUGUUUCAAAAAAUUGUGAAUCAUUUUUGGGUGAAAUUUGAGUUUGAUCAGUCUAGAAAAUAUUGAACCAUUCAAAGUAUUUUCAAAAUUAAAUUUAGUCUGAAAAAGUUCACUGUUUCAGAAAUUGUGUGUUUCAAAAAUCAGGUAAAAAUAUUGAUUAAAUGAUGGAAGUCCCAAAAAAAUUGAAUUUUUGUUUUGAAAAAAAAUUUACUGUUUCAAACAAAUUAAUUAAAUCUCGGAUCAAUGAAACAUAAAGUAUAAUAGAAAUAUUUUUUUGAAAAUUCACUGUUUCAGAAAACGGUUAUUUGAUUUUGAGAUAGAAAUAUUUCAAUUUGUGAUCUGAAAUUUGUUGAAAUUUCGAAAAAUACACUGUUUCAAAAAUUUUGUAAAUUAUUUCUGGGAAAAUCAGGAUAAUUUGAAAUACCUGAAUGUUUCUGGUUUUUACCCCCUAAAAAUCUCAAAAAUCCCCAAAUUUCAUCAUAAUGUUUCCAGGAGUCGCGCUCUUCUUGACAAAUUUCAUCAUUUUUGCCGCCUCUUGCGUCUACAAAUUCGGAAGAACUGAAGAAAUGUGGGGAUAA